AUAACUGUAAACUACAAUGUAACCUACAAUGAGCCGAAAGUUUAUGUUAAUUUCAUUAUUAAUUAUUUUUCUGUUACUCUUUGCUUCGCUUAAGUCUAGUAGAGAGAAUACAAAUCCGAUUCGAGUAGCUCCGCUAAUUGUAAAUCCCGACAAACUGUUUAACUUGGACUUCGAAUACGUCAUAAACAACAGUUGCGACUACGAUGGCAACUCGAGUUUAUCAGUCGUCGUGCUGGUAACCUCGUAUUUGGGAAACGUGGAGGCGCGCAGCGCAAUGCGCCGGGCGUUUCCAUCGGAUGUCUUGAAGAAGCUCGGUGUAAGACGUGUAUUUCUGCUGGGUCUCGCACCUGGGGAUAAGUAUACAAAGCAGGAAGCCAUAUACGACGAGGAGAGACGUUUCGGUGAUCUUCUGCAGGGCAAUUUCGUCGAAGCAUAUCGGAACUUGACGUACAAGCACUUGAUGGGGCUUAAGUGGGCGGCUGCGAGUUGCCAACGGGUCAAGUACGUUAUUAAAAUGGACGAUGAUAUUGUAGUGAAUGUUUAUAAGCUGUUGCAGCUUUUACAUACGAUUAAGUUGCCAAAAAAGCUACUCGCUGGAUACCUUUUGUCUGGCAUGACCCCCAUACGGGAAUCGUCGAAUAAGUGGUACAUACGGUUGGACGAAUUUAAGUAUCCCUCGUACCCAACAUUUUUGUCUGGGUGGUUCUACGUUACAAAUCCGAACACUGUGCAAAGCUUGGUGAAGGAAUCGACCAAAGUGCCUUAUUUUUGGGUGGACGACGUGUACAUCACAGGACUUUUAGCUCAAAAAUCUCAAGUGAGACAUUACAAUAUCGGGCAGUACUUUACCGUUCACUCUGAAUUCUUAGAGUGCUGUAUGCGUGAUGUAAAGAAGUUUUGGUAUGAUUGUGACAUUAUUGUUGGCCCGAACGGUGGUGAUAAUAACCUUUUUUACAAAUUUAACGAUGUUGUCAGUGAGUGUUACUAUAGGAAGUGUUCGAAACGGAUCAGAAGUUUGAAUGAGACAUGCGUGGGGGAAGUUAAACGGACGUUGGGAAGGGGUAAUAGUAUUAUAAGUAGUUAUCAAUUAGGAUAAAUUAUUAUCAAUAGUUUAAUUGUCAUUGUUUCAAGCUUUCUAAAGGAAAGGAAGUAAAAUCUACACUGUACUUCAAUAAUUGAUGUAUUCUUGACUUCUUGUAACUGUUUAUUUCGAGUCUAUACUGUGAUAACUAGUGCUGGGCGAUAAAUGAAAUUGUUAUAAGUCUAUUAGUCCGAUAAUUAACGAUUAAUCGAUAACUUUUGAUAAUUAUCUAUAACUUUUCAUAAUUAUCGAUAAUUUUUGAUAAUUAUUGAUAAUUAUCGAUAACUUUUGAUAAUUAUCGCUAACUUUUAAUAAUAAUAAUAAUCGAUAAUUGUCGAUAAUAAUAGAUUAUUAUUGACAUCUGUCGAGAAUUGUCGAUCUCUUAUUGUUAUUGAUUAAUCAAAUAGCGAUAUUUAUCGGGAGAAAACUACGGAGCUACGUAUAUAUCACCAAUAAACAUUAUUAUUAUUAUUAUGGAUACUUUUGCAUAAAUCCUAUCGAUAUAAAUAUAUUCCCAAUGCAUAGGUACACUCGUUAACAAUUUUGGUUAUUUGGUAUUGAUAUUGAUAAUUUAAAUAACAACAGGAUGUUUGGAAAAAUAUUAAAACAACUAUAGGUACUCCGUAGUUUUCUGAAAUCAAAGGUGAUCAAGUAGACGAUAAUCAUCAAAAAUUUAGUACGUCUUUCAAUAACCUCAAAGUUAUUAGUUUUUAACAGAAACCGUAAUUAAGCAUUAUAGUGUCUAAUUUACGUGAACCAGCCUAAAGUAGGUUGUGAAUUGUGAUCAUAUUUUCUAAGUGUCAUGCCAAUUACGGAAUGCUCUUACUUGAUCGCUUUUGUGAUAAAUCGAUGUAAAAUUAAUCGGUAGAUUAUCGAUUUAUCUACCAUUCCUUUAAAAUCACAAUUAAUCGAUACAUUUUUCAAUAAAAAUUAUCAUUAGUCGAGCAUUUUUAAAAAAAUUAAUUCACUA